AUGGAUCUCUUACGGUUCUGCGUUGACUACAGAAGGCUAAAUGCCAUCACUGUGAAGGAUUCAUAUCCGUUGCCAAAGAUGGAAGACUGCUUGGACUCGCUGGGGGACGCUAAAUGCUUCACAACCCUCGAUUGCAACAGUGGUUAUUGGCAGAUCCCCGUGGCGGAAGCCGAUAGAGAGAAGACGACGUUUACAUGCCAUGAAGGUUGUUACCAGUUCCGGAGAAUGCCCUUUGGCUUGUGUAAUGCUCCAGCCACCUUCCAGAGAACACUAGAUAUAUUACUAUCAGGAUAUAGGUGGAAGAGUUGCCUCGUGUACUUUGAUGACAUCAUCAUUUUCUCGAAUUUCAUUGAAGAGCACUCAACUCACGUUCAACAGGUUUUGAAAGUCCUCCAGGACGCAGGACUUUCUCUGAAGCUUGAAAAGUGUAAUUUCUUUGCUGAGUCGGUCGACUAUCUUGGCCAUGUCAUCCGCCCUGGACUUUUGGCCGUUGCCGAGAAGAACACCGAUGCCAUCAAGAAGGCACAAGAGCGGACGACGCAAACUGAGCUUCGCUCUUUCCUUGGCAUGUGCAAUGUUUACCGAAGGUUCGUGCCGAACUUCGCAAGAACUGCGGCACCCCUUAAUGUACUUUUAGCAAAGGGGAAGCCUUUCCAAUUAGAGAAAUUCUCGGUUGAACAGUCCAAGGCUUUUGGUUUACUGAAGACCGCGGUUAUAAGUCCUCCCAUUCUCAAGCUACCGCGCUCAAACCUUCCAAUCUCGGUCGACACGGAUGCUUGCGAGCGACAAGUGGGCUGCGCCCUGUUUCAGACAUAUCCAGACGGAACGCGCCAUCCGGCGGGAUUUUGGAGUCGUUCCCUGAUCCCAGCGGAAAAUAAUUACAGCGUCGGCGAAAGGAAUGCCUCGCCAUAAAUGAUGAGUCUAACAGACGCCAGUGGCAGGCUUGGUCGAUGGCGUCUCCGCCUACUGGAGUUCGAUUCCACAAUCAAGUACCGCAAAGGGGCUGUGAAUUGCAUUGCAGACGCUGUGUCAAGGCUGCCGACAUUUGGCGGGUGUGCGGUCGAACCUGACUCAGACAUUCCUUGUUUCUGGGUUCAAGAGAACAGCGUUUGGAUGGAUGAAGAUCAAGAUGACGAAGAUGUCAAGAUCGAGCUCAGACGCGAUGCAAUCACGUUAGAUUUCAAUGACGAGGGGAUCUGCGUCGUGAACGCUGAGAACACAGAUCUAUCUCCAGUCCGAAUCGAAGAGCUGGUGAUCUCUCAAGCUAACGACAGAUACUGUCAAAUGUUGAAAGAGAAAGUCGAUAAUGACGAAACAAGUCGCUUCGACGUCGACGACCGCGGUCUCCUGGUCCGCGUUGCCCCUUUCCACGACUGCAGACAAAUUGUCGUACCGACCAUGUUAAGGCAAAAGAUUCUUUACCUAUGCCACUAUACAAGAACAUCAGGUCAUCCUGGGGGUACAAAGAUGUUCUAUACAAUGCGACGCACGUUCUACUGGCCUUCCAUGGCAUUGGAAUGUCACGCCUGCGUGAGACAAUGUGACUCAUGCGCCCGCAAAAGAGUACAAUUGCGCAAGCACUCUACAUUUUUUAACUCUUCCCCGCGAGAAGGGCGCUAG